AUUUUAUGCACAAGAUCGGAUCAAUCUCCUGCUUUUCCUGUCCAUUUGAAUUCAAAACACUCGUCGUCUCCGCCGCCGCAGAUGUCCGCCGGCGUCCACUUUCCUAUGGACGAUCCUGACCUAGACGAUGCCGAGCUGUGGGCUGCGAUCGAAUCAGCCGCAUCUUCCAGGUCUCGGAAGCCGCUGCUUCCCCUCGGCCUCAUCGAGGGCUCGAAGCCGUUCAGAAACCCUAGGCCGAUCCGGAGGGCGGAAGAGUCCUCCAUUGUUCCGGUGGACGGGGAAGUCGUGGAGGAGGAUCUCUGGGACCAUCGCCGGCCCCAGAAGAUGCCGCGCUUCAUGGAAUCUAGUGCUGUGGAAGAGCGUACGAUGGUCGUGGUCCGGCACCCGCAGCGGACCCCAAUGAUGGCGGUGUCGUCUCCCACCUUUGCAUCUCCAGAUCCGUCAAAGUACGUGAAGAAGGCAAUGAUUCCAGUGGUGGAAAGCCCGCCGCCUGAGGGGUGGAACUGCGUGGAGAGGGAGAACAGGGAACCCAAUGUCGGUUUACAUGUGCCGUUCCCUUCAGUGUCUUCCUUUAAGAAAUACCAAAAUUCUGCCAUGGCGAUUUUAGAGAAAACUGAUUACACCGUGAUACAAGGACAUCCAUUUAUUAAGAAGUCAGGAUGGAGAAAAAUCUCAUUUUUCUUCAAUCUCUCAUUUGAGAUUAGGGACAAGUCGAUUGAGUUUGAUGAGAACAGGAAUGUUCAACGUGCUGAAUUCAUUGUUCGUGCAUAUAUGAAAUGCGGUAGGUUUGCAGACGGCUGGGGUUCAUGCGAGCGGCGUGAAAAGAAGUUUAUGAAGCCAAAUCAUGACAUUCCUAGUACAGCUGAAACCCGAGCUAAAAAUAAAGCUUGUCAGGAUCUUCUUGGAAUUGGAGAGUACCGACCAGGUGUUGAGAAUGGCAUUCGAUAGGCCAAACAACUUGUUUGACAACUCAAUGUUAUUUUUCCCUAACCCUUUCAAAUAUUAAAACAAUCGAAAACCAGGAUGGAAAUGAGAGAUACAGAAGGAAAAAUUGCUUUGUUGUUCGGAGUUAGGAAAAAUCCUCAAUUCUGUAUAAACAGGUGUUCUUCAUGCCUCUAACAUCAUAUACUGUAAUUUUCAUCUGCUCAUCAACACCUGCUAAAUUGUUUUCAAUUCCCAAGUAGCUCCAGAUUUGUUGUAACAUGCCGAGUGACCUAAUUGUAUCAUCUUUCACCCGUCUUUGGAAAAUUAGAUUGAUUGGUUCAACUGGUUCAAACGAAAAUAGAUCGCAAGCAACUGUUCUAAAAUAGAACGGAGCCUGUCAAAAUUAGUGAACAUAAGUCUUUCUUGUAAAAUUAGACUGAUAUAAUCAAUCGUACUCGCUAUAGGCAUAUGAGGAUUUACUGACCAAAUACAUGUUGGAUUGUGUUGAUCUUGAAUCCUUUAAUGAGCUUAGGUCAAUAACACAAGUUCACAUCCAAUAGGUCGAGCUCCUAACCUACCAAAAUAUAGUAGCUAUUUUAUACCAUUAUAGAAAUUUUCAUUUUCAUAAUUAAAUUGUUUUAUUAAAGUUAAACUAUAAGCACUCUAAGCCUAAAGAAAAAUUAUAUAUUUGAUCAGCUCUUCGAACCGAUAAUACAUUUUACUAUGAUAUUAUUGAUUAUAUUAUUGCAAGUCUAAAGAAUAUUAUUUCGAUCUAAGCAACUCAACAUCAAAUUUAAUGCAUUGAAUUUAAUGUGCGUGAUAUAUAUGUACAACACAGUCAUCGUAAAUUUGCAGAGGAUAAAACUUCAGGUUUAAUUUUAUCCUCUAAAUUUGCAGAUGAAUAAGUAAUGGGGAACCAGGGCAUAUAUAAUUACAAUAUAUAUGUUUUAAAUAUAUUAUUAUUAUUAUUAUUAUUAUAAUAGUUCCUAAAGAAAUAGGCUAAGGAAGGAAUCCCAUGGAGAUUUGAGUAAUCCUCAAUCAGCAUCAUAUCUGUUAUAGAUUUUCUUUUUAUAUAGAAAAACUACUCUAUAGAAAGUAGGAAUAUCUCCUAUGUACACAUUUUUAUAUAUAUUUUUUUUCUUCUUGUUAUAAUUACGUAUAUUAAACGGACAAGCAAUUCUUUGUACAAACAAAGAGGAACGUUGAUUGUUCCACGGGUAGGCGUAGUUGAGUUGGUAUAUAGUAAAUUUGUAUUUAUAGAUAAGAGUUUGAGUCGUAGGUAUAGCAAAUAAUUCUAUCAUUUAGGAAAUCGUUCAGUAUCUGAUUUAUCUUUCUUUAUUUCACGGUGAGACCAAUGACCAAGAACACUUGGAAGGAGUACUAUCACAUUUUGCAUCAAACGAGGAACGUUCACAGGAUCAGACUUUUGUAGGAACAAGAAGAACCAAAUCUGUGAGCAUCCGAGCUGCAAGCACUGGCUGCGUCGGACUCAAAGGGAAUUUUUAUUGGCCGUUCGACAACACAGUGCCCCCCAUGGAUAAAGUGCGUGUUUAUUUUCUGCUCUUUGUCUACUUGUGUCUUUUUGACUCGAAAGUGAUCAUGACCUCACAGAAA